CUUCUUUGACUACUGAAUCUCAGGUACGAGUCGCAUCCUCUCUCAAUUUUUUUUUUUGAUGUACAGUUCUUUAUUGUAUGUUCGUUGAAGUUACCAGUAAAUCUUGGCAUUUUUAUCGUAUAACCUUCGCAACGCUUUAGGAUUUCUAGUCGUGUUCUAAUCGUUUCCACCGAUCUAAUUGCAAUAUCUGUACGAUGAAGUUUGUGAUCUGACAUGACAGAGCUCACUGUCAUUCAAGAUACCAAAAGACCUCACAGACAGGACAUUUACAUUUUAAAUUUGAAAUAUGGCCGAGGAGGGUUACAAGGUGAGUUUGCACGUGUAUGAUUUAAGUGGAGGUUUAGCUCGUCAACUCUCCAUGUCAUUCUUAGGGAAAGCCAUUGAAGCCAUAUGGCAUACAGGUGUGGUGGUAUAUGGUACUGAGUACUUUUUUGGGGCUGGUAUCCAACAAACUCCAGCUGGAACAGCACCAUAUGGAACUCCACUCAAAGUCAUUGAUCUUGGUGUCACCCAUGUCCCAAAAGAUGUCUUUCAGAUGUAUCUAGAUGAGAUUAGCCCCCGAUACACACAGGAAACCUACAGUUUAUUGUCACAUAACUGUAACAACUUUAGCAGUGAAGUCGCACAGUUUCUGGUGGGUGUCUCCAUACCAGAUUACAUCCUCAAUCUCCCUAACGAAGUCAUGAGUAGCCCAAUGGGUGCACUUAUAAUGCCUAUGAUACAGAAUUUGGAGACAACAUUGAGGGCAGGGGCUGUCCCACAAGCACCUCAGUUUAAACCAUCUCCAGUGAACACAAUUCCUCAGGUGUCAAAGAAAGUUGAUAAACCAUCAGAAAGCAGCAGCCACACAAAUGUAAAUGUGGCCCCACCCCCACCCCCACCUGUAGAUGUGCCAGCUGGCACAUCACAAGAGAAACCAGUUGAUCCUCUUGGUAAUGCAAGGAGUAAAGUGCAAGAAGAGAUUGGUAAGGAGUUUGCUGCAAUGAUGGCUAGUGGGACCCUUCGUGCAAGUGAGGCUGCUGCACUUGCCACCAAAAAAGUGAUGCAGAAAUAUGGGCAUAUGAAUGCUGCACAAAGCUGAAACAGGUUUUGUGCUUUUUUUUUCUUACUUCAUCUGUGUUGAACAUAAAAAUUGUGGCAAUUUAUCCCAUUCAAGAAAAACGUGUUAAUGACUCCUUUUGUUGAAUGAUGAACUACUUCUGUUAAAUCCUCUAUUUCUUGAAAACUGAAAUACGCAUUCCAUGGGGGUGGGGUGUUCUUUUCUAUUCCUUGAUGAAAUGGAAUGAUAUAUUAUAAUCAGAAAUUAUUUUUAAUAUAUAAUUUUCAAUAAGAGAGAUAUGUUUAAAAAAAUCAAAACUUUAGUAAACAAUUUUCAUAAUUUCCCAAAAGUUGACUAAAAAUACUUCUUGAUUUUAUUUCUAUUCUAAGAUUUUAC